AUGAAGAAAGUCAUCGACGAGCAUUUCACCGACAACGACCUUAACAAAGAGGAAGAAGCAGGUCGAAAGCCUCACAAUACCAUCAUAGAACUCUUCAAGCUAUCAGGGGUUUCAGUUGCAUCUGAUGCUCUUCCAUUCCUUGGGUGGCUGGAUAUGGAUGGGCAAAUAGAACAGAUGCAGAAGAUAGCAAAGGAGGUGGACUUGAUUGCUGAAAAAUGCCUUGAAGAGCAUCGACAGAAAAGGAGACUGCAAACACCAACAACUGCAGCAACAGUACCAAGGAUCUAUCACGAUGGAAAUGACUUCAUGGAUGUGUUGCUAUUAGUUCUUGACGAAGAAAAGGGCGAUCUCUUCAUCAGUUAUAAUCGAGACACCGUGGAAAAGCCGCGUGUCUGGUACGUCAACUCCAUUCUUAUAUCUCACACUCUUGUUACACUUGCAUCUUUGAUCAAAUGGACUCUUCUCUCUGCUGGCUCAGACACCACAUCAAUGUUGUUAACAUGGGCUCUCUCAGUACUACUCACCCCCAGUAUCUUAAGGAACACCCAGGAUGAACUAGAUACCCUAGUCAGGGAGGAGCGAAAUGUAGAGCAAUGA